AUGCACAGAACAUAUUCGUUGAGAAACUCAAGAGCACCAACUGCUUCGCAGUUGCAAAAUCCAGCCCCUCCUCCAGCCACCACCAAAAACCGGUUUUUCGGCCGUGGCGGAUUGGCCAAUUCGCUACGUAAAAACACCGCCGGUGCUUUUGGCCCAGAAUUGGCCCGCAAAUUGUCGCAAUUGGUGAAAGUGGAAAAAAACGUGCUGCGGUCCAUCGAAGUGGCCGCCAACGAGCGUCGUGACGCGGCCCGUCAACUCUCGGUUUGGGGUCUGGAAAACGACGACGACGUUUCCGAUAUCACCGAUAAAUUGGGUGUCCUUAUCUACGAAAUCAGUGAACUCGACGACCAGUUCAUCGACCGUUACGACCAGUACCGUCUAACCAUCAAGUCUAUUCGUGAUAUCGAGGGCUCCGUGCAACCUUCCCGUGACCGCAAGGCCAAAAUCACCGACAAAAUCGCCUACCUCAAGUACAAAGACCCAGCCUCCACCAAGAUUGAGGUUCUAGAACAAGAAUUGGUGCGUGCCGAAGCCGAAUCUUUGGUGGCCGAAGCCCAGCUCUCCAACAUCACCCGUUCCAAGCUACGUGCUGCUUUCAACUAUCAAUUCGACUCCAUUGUCGAGCACUCUGAAAAACUAGCGCUCAUUGCCGGUUACGGUAAGGCUUUGCUCGAGCUUUUGGACGAUUCUCCAGUCACCCCCGGUGAAACUCGUCCAGCUUACGACGGUUACGAAGCUUCCAAGCAAAUUAUUAUUGAUGCCGAAACUGCUUUGAACGAAUGGACUUUGGAUGCAGCCCAAGUGAAGCCAAGCUUGUCUCUCAGACACGGUGAUUACGACUACGAGGAAGAAGAGGAGGAACACGAUGGUCUAGCUGAAGUUCCAGAGGCAACUGAACAUCACUGGGUCGAUGAAGAACCUGCUCAGGCCACCGCCUAA